AUGUCUUUACCCUCGGAGCCACGGAAUUGGACCAAAGAUGGCUUCUUGAUAUCAACCGACAAAAGUCUCAUCUCUGUCAAGGCCCUCAACGCAGUGUUUGCCCAAGAAUUCCUGUACUGGGCAGCGGCCAUGCCCGAUGAAAUACUCCAGACUAUGGUCGAUGCAUCGUUUUGCUUUGGGCUGUACAAGAUGCGCCAAGAAAACCCCGAUUCGCUUCAACAAAUUGGAUUCGCGCGCCUUGCUACCGACUACGUCACAUUCGCAUACCUGACAGAUGUAUACGUGCUUCCCGAGUAUCAAGGCCUCGGGCUGGGCGGGUGGAUCAUUGAUUGCAUAGACGAGGUUAUGGAUCCAUUGCCGUACUUGAGGUGGUUUACGCUGCGGACGGCGGUGCCAAAGAGCAAAGAGGCGUAUGAGAAGAGAUUGGGCAUGAGUGUGCUGGACCAGGGAGACGUGACCAAGGGGGCCGUGAUGAUGGGGAAGAAGGGCAGGGGCAACUAUGUUUAG